GUGCCCAGAGUGUAAGAGCAGUGUGAUGCGUUUAUUUGUGGUGGUUAUCUUCGCUGCGCUGGCUACGGCAGCAUCAGGUGCAAAGCCGUUGCCAGAACCUGGGGAACUAGCCUUUGUCCUCAAUGAAGAUGAUUUCGAAGAUUAUCUUGAUGGUUGGCUAGAAUACGAAUAUUUAAAGAGAAAUAUUAGUGUGUCUGCAGUAGCUCGCAGCGGAUGCACAAUUAGAGUCAAUGGUGAUCUCGGUCAGCCGCAGCCAGUUUUCAUCAGCAAUAGUGCCUACCUCAGUCCUAAUGGCAACUCUGGACAAAUCCUUCUCAACACGGGCCAGCAAGUCACUAUCGCGUGUACGGGCUCAAAUCGUCAAAUACAACACCCUAACAUCGCUUCCACCUUAGCCGUUGGUACAGUAUCGUGUGUGAGCAACAACCUGGUCCAAGCGACUUGGCUGAGAGGAAACAGCGCCUUUGGAGGGCUUACCUGCAACAAUAACGCUUUUCAUGAAGCUCAGGGAACUUCGUCCAGAUGCUGGAACAAUAAUUUGGUUAUUCAAGUUGGUUUCAUCGUCCAAGGUGUUUUCUACCCGUUAUAUUGGUCAUGCUUUGACCAGCGCCGGUUAGAAGUUAUAUAUGUAUGGUAUCCGCAGACUCCUCAACACGCUGUACAUCAAACUAAUGUUGAUCGACCCAGUUUUCUCCCGGGCAGCUUUUUCCCCGGAGUGGAUAUCAACAAUCUUUAUACUCAGAAUCACCAAAAUCAAAGAAUAGCUCAGCUGACUGGCAGAAACACUUACGUUACGAGCACACAAUUCUUAUCUCGUGGUCAUCUUUCUGCUAAAAGUGAUUUCGUCUUCGCUACGGGUCAACGCGCCUCAUUUUAUUUCAUCAACGCUGCUCCUCAAUGGCAACCCUUUAACGCUGGUAACUGGAACUGGCUAGAGCAGAACCUACGUGCUCGCAUUGGAGCUGCUGGGUACCACACUACGAUUUACACAGGAACAUUUGGUGUGACUCAACUUCGCAAUGCACAAAAUCAAUUCGUUGACAUCUAUUUGCACACCAAUAACCAGGUUCCAGUGCCUCUGUACUUUUAUAAGGUGGCGUAUGAUGCAACUAGACGCCUGGGCACAGCCUUUAUCAGCAUCAACAACCCUUACUAUACGUUAGCCGAGGCGCGUGCGCUGCAAUUUUGCACUGACCGGUGCCGUGGUAAUAGUGCCUUCGACUGGAUCCGUUGGCAGCCUGACCGCGUCGAUAUAGGCUACAGUUUCUGCUGCACCAUCGAUGAUUUUAGGAGGGUCAUUCCGCACCUCCCCGCCUUUACUGUAAACGGUCUUCUAACAUAAUUCAAGUGUAUCCAUUGAAACUAUAUAAUUAAUAUGUCCCAGUUUGAAUUACAAUUUUAUUUUCCG